AUGAAGACUAGUUACUACUACGAUCCACAAUACGGGUCGGGGAGACGCAACAGCGGGUGCCUCAUGUUCUUCCGCGCGCUACUAAUGGGGAUGAACGUGCUGCUGACCGCUGGCGCCAUUGGCGGUCUUGCUGUUGGGCUGAUCGAGCGCAACAAGAUAGAAUCAUCGCUGAACGAUCUGUGCCGCUCCUGCCACGCCGUGUUCAUCGCGUACAUUUCCUGCUUCAGCGCACUCCUUGGCUUCUCCCUCCUCGGCUUCCUCGCACUCUGCACGCGUAACCCGUGCCUGCGUGGCCUCUACUUCUUCUACCUGCUGGUGGUGUUCGUGGUGGCACUGGGCUUCUCUGUUGUGUACACGCUCAUCAGCACGAACCGCCUCGGGCUGGAGGACAGCUGGAAUGACUCCGUCGCCAACCGAGGGGAGGAGAUGUGCGGGUUAGAGCUGCAGUUCGAGUGCUCCGGGUGGAAGUCGCUCUGCCACACGGCGGCCGUGAACAACGACCGCGUCGCCCGCCCACUACUGCCCACUCCCGACGCGAUAAUGCCAGUACCCAACAGCAGCAGCAGCGGCACUGGCGAGAAUCACCGACCGCCACUGAUGAUGAUGAUGCCGACGGACUCGAAGGCCGUCGCGAGCGUGGCGGAGAACGCCACUACCCCGUGCCCUGUCUGCCCUCAAGAGGAGCAGCAGAAGAUCGACACAUACACGGAGACGUGCGAGUCUGCGGUGAUGGAUGCUUUCCAGAGCCACAUGAAGCAAGUGCUGCCAAUCGGCUUCAGUGUCGCGGCGGCCGCGUUCAUCGGCAUGAUCGUGACGUGCCUGCUGCAGCGUGAGACGAACGAGGAGGCAGACUACGGCGGCCGCUACUACCGCGUGUAA